AUGAACAUGCCUAACUUGGGAAGAAAAAGAAAAACUACUGAAACAUUUCACCAUAAUAAACCUCCGUUCAAAAGAUUCACCUUCAUCAACAUGGUGGAGGAAUGCCACUCCACCCUCACUUCCGAUGAAGAAUCAUUCCCAUGUUCUUGCUCCGGUAACAUCAUUACCAAAUUCGAAGAAUCUCCAGAGGUUCAGAGUCUAGAGCAAGAUGAAACGUCCACGUGCCACGACCAAGUUAUAAGAAGAAGAGAGAUGAGUCUGUUAAACGAGGAGGAAGAGGUUGAUUCUAUAGAGAAGAAACCGCAAAAGAUGCCGUCGGAAACUGAACUUGACGAAUUCUUCUCCGCCGCUGAAAAAAAUAUCCAGAAACAGUUUGAAAACAAGUAUAAUUUUGAUAUUGUGAAGGACGUGCCUUUGGAAGGACGUUAUGAGUGGGUUCAGUGGAAGCAGUAA